AGAGAACGACGACGUCCUUGCAGAGAUUUGAGAAUACGAAAUCCUGAGCGAUGGAAGAUUCCCACAGAGUAGACGACGAAGCCAACGAAAGAAUCGAAGAAGUACGACAAGAGAUAUGGAGUUGGGGAGCAGGAACAGAGGGACAGCUUGCGACGGGGAAGCUUCAAGAUGAACACCACCCUCAACUCCUCUCUGCUUUCUCUUCCUUUGGAUCCCUCUCUCUCCUCUCUUGCGGCGGGGCUCAUGUCAUUGCCCUCACCCCAAGUGGAAGGGUGCUGACAUGGGGAAGGGGAACAUCGGGUCAACUAGGACAUGGAGAGAUGGUAAACAGCUUACAACCAAAGCCAGUGGAAUCUUUGGAAAGCUUUGUUAUCACUCAUGUUUCAGCUGGAUGGAAUCACUCUGGCUUUGUUUCAGACACUGGAUACCUUUUUACUUGUGGAGAUGGUUCAUUUGGUCAGCUUGGGCAUGGUGACUACAAAUCACUUCACUUUCCUGUACAAGUUUCACACUUCGGUUCUAGGCAUGUUGAACAAGUAGCUUGUGGCAUGCGCCAUUCCCUAGUCUUAUUGGAAGGUCAUUUAGGAGACCACGUAUAUGGAUUUGGAUCUGGAAAGCGUGGUCAACUGGGUACAUCCAAUGAUAAAAUCAGAUCAUCAAGCGUUCCUCAAAUUACUUUGGGAUUGGAAGAUGUCAAAAUUGUUAGCAUUCGGGCAAAUGGAGAUCACAGUGCAGCAUUAUCUGCCAAUGGCCAACUGUACACCUGGGGAAGAGGGUUUAGUGGCUCUUCAGACGUGUACCAUCCCCACGGUGUAACUGCAUCUUUGUCAUUCACCCAGGCUGCACUUGGAUGGAAUCAUGCUUUAACAUUAGCAGAUGACGGGGAAGUGUUUAUGCUUGGUGGCAACCACCAUGGAGUGCUUAGCAAUCCUCAGAAAACACAACUGGUGAAGCCUAUGAUAGAAGAUUCACAUGAAGCGAUUAUUGAGAGAAUUCCUGGUCUUAAUGGUAAAGAAGUUUUGCAGAUUGCAGCAGGAGCAGAGCACUCAGCUCUAGUAACAGAGAAUGGAUCAAUAAUGACCUGGGGUUGGGGGGAACAUGGUCAACUUGGCUUGGGAAAUACAGAGGAUCAAGCAAGCCCUCAGGUGGUGACUCUGGGUCACAAUCAUCCUGUACUAGAUACGUCGAAACUAUAUUGUGGAAGUGGGUUUACAUUUGCUUUAAGGACAUGCUCUUGCCCUUCUCAAAACUUAGUUUAACCACAUUCAGCAUUACGACCUUUGCUUGAUGGGGGAGUUUGACAUCAUAAGUAGCUGCUUUCAUAUCAGGAGAAUGAAAAUUUGUGGCAGGUUAUUCUUAGAUGGAUUUGCUAGGAAGUUCUAUACCUGCAGCUUAUCAAAAGAAGUACAAACUACUCAUUCCUGUGGUGACCAUGGCGAAUUUUAAAUACCAGGUUUUUUGGUUUCUGGAGUGGAGAGUUGAUUAGGAAAAGGUUGAGUUUACACUAAUUAAUCAUGAAACAAAUGCAAUUGAAAAUUAACAGAUUGCAACGUUGUGAUGAUACUUAAGAAUGAAUGGCCAAACAUCUGCGGCACCUGAGUUCUGACCAUUCUAGCUUUCCUUUGCAAGUUGAAGCUAUGGCACAUCUCUCAAGUUUGAAGUGGGCAAAUUGCCAUAAAUGAGAUUAUUCAUGCCAAGUAUCAAUGACAGGAUCAGUUGGUGAUUGGAAAAUAUUGUUCUGUUAGUGAAAAUGGGCUCUCAUCCAGACAUUUUGUUGGGCUUUUGCUUCUCCUUUGGUUGGUUUGGUCGUCAAUGAGAAUAUGGUUGAGGCAAAUUGACAAUUGAUUGUGGUUUUAUCGCGUUGCUCUGCUUGUUUGACAUUUGAAAAGUAUUGUUAAUGAAACCUAUAAGACUACAAAAGGAGGCUGACAGGCCACAGAAGUUUGCGGUUUGGGAUGGAAAGAUACCUGACUCAUGUAGCGGGAUUGGUGCUAGAAGAUCACCAACUCUUGUGUUCGCCUUAAGUCUGAUACCUGUUCUUGUAAUAUUGUUGCUUUCUGUGAGAUAUUCUUGGUUGCUUGUAAUUACUAGGCAUACAUCUGAUUUUGAGGAUUCUUGGAGAUACAAUGUUUAAUUCUCACUCCAGGUUCUCCUUCCCUGCUGGGAGGCCAUGUGUUCUGACCACACUUUGCAUUUGGAACAGAACCUCGUCGAUAUUUUUAUGCCUAUAUAAAAAUAGUCCAUAUGGUUAUGGAAUUGUGCAGGAAAGUGCAAGGGUGGUCCAUAAGUAUUUUUCUCAACAAAAAUGC